AUGUCCCUUUCCAUAAGCAAGGACCGCGCCCCCUGGCGCAACCUUCUCGACUCGCAUCUCAAACAAACCAAUGGCUACGAGUUCACUAUCGCAACCGUUGGCUAUGAUUCUCAAGAGCGUCUGGUCCCUCGCGUCCGGACCUGCGGUUUCCGCGGCUUCUUCCCGGAGUUAGAGCUUCAUCCGAGUGGGCAGAAGGAUAUGGAUCAGCAAGUAGAGGAUGGUGGAAAUCCGUAUCUCUUCGAAAGUGACCUGUUGACAUUCACCACGGAUGUGCGGAUGGAAAAGCUGGAGCAGUUGGAAUCGACGGGCAACCAUAUCGAGGCCAUGUUCUGGUUGAAGGAGGUGAUGGUGCAGUGGAGGAUCAAGGGCAAAGCCUAUUCCAUUGGUAGCCCUAAUCCGGAGUCAGAAAGCGAGUGUGGUCUUCGACCAGAAUUGUUCGAGGCUCUCCGGGUCAAAGAAGACUAUCGUGGUGAUCUUAGUGGUGAUGCCGAUAAGUGGACGUGGGAGAAGGCUGUAACCAAGUAUUUUGCGAAUCACUCGCCUGUCAUGCGUGGCUCCUUCAGAAACCCACCUCCAGGUCAGCCUAGGUCUCAACUGCCUAGCAAUCCAGACUUGAGGCUGGGUCAGAAGGUCACCAACCUUCAUGAUCCCGUUGCUCGCAAGAACUUUAGAGUUGUGCUUAUUCUUCCUGAGGAAGUCGAGUCACUAGAUCUUUCAGACUUGGAUGAUGUUCGUAGGCGGAAGUGGACGCUAGUUAUGGACGAAGAUGAUGAGGAUGGGCCUCAUGGAAAAUGGGAAGAAACCGAGAUUUGGCCGUGA